GAGUUCUCUGACGGCCCCAGCCGGGGAAUUUCAAUUUGAAACCUAGCGGAGGGAGGAGGCAGGCGCCGCUGGUCGGCGGCUGGGACCUGAGCGGGACGGGUCGCCGCGGCGAGCGAGCUCCCGAGGCGCGGCAUCGGGCAUAAGCUGUAACCAUGACUACUGAAGUAGGCUCUGCCUCUGAAGUGAAGAAGGACUCCGAUCAGUUAGGAGCAGAUGCAACCAAGGAGAAACCUAAAGAAGUAGCAGAAAACCAGCAGAAUAAGUCUGAUCCAGAGGAAGAAGAAGGUUCCCAGCCAUCUCCUGCAGCUGAAAGCCAAAGUAGUGUACACUUCCAGAAGAGACAGAAGGAGCCAUCUGAGAGAAGGGGUAUUUCCCGAUUCAUACCCCCAUGGCUUAAGAAACAAAGGUCAUAUACCUUAGUCGUGGCCAAAGAUGGAGGAGAUAAAAAAGAGUCUACCCAAGCUGUUGUGGAAGAACAGGUCUUAGAUAAAGAGGAACCCCUUCCGGAAGAAGAGAGACAGGCCAAGGGUGAUGCUGAAGAAGUGGCUCAGAGGAAGCAACUGGAGAUUAAGGUUGAAGGCAAGGAAGAAAAACCUUCCGUGAGCAGAGCUGAGACACAGCCUGCUGAAUUAGUAAGUAAGGAGAGAGAAGAGGAGAAGAUAAAGGAACUACCAGAAGACAAAUUAGAAGGAGCAACAGCAGCAAAAAGAGUCACCAAGGAAGUGCAGACCAAUGAGCUAAAAGCAGAGAAGGCCUCUCAAAAAGCCACCAAGAAGACCAAAACUGUCCAGUGUAAAGUGAUCCUUUUAGAUGGCACUGAAUACAGCUGUGACCUGGAGAAACAUGCUAAGGGACAAGUGUUAUUUGACAAAGUAUGUGAACACCUCAAUCUCUUGGAGAAGGACUACUUUGGACUUAUGUUUCAGGAAAACCCUGAGCAGAAAAACUGGCUAGAUCCUGCAAAAAAAAUACAGAGACAGCUGCGAAAUCUUCCCUGGCUGUUCACUUUUAAUGUGAAGUUUUAUCCUCCUGAUCCUUCUCAGUUGACUGAAGAUAUCACCAGAUACUUGUUGUGCCUUCAACUCCGGCAGGACAUUGCCUCUGGCCACCUGCCCUGCUCCAUUACAACUCAUGCCCUCCUGGGAUCCUACACACUGCAGGCUGAACUUGGAGACUAUGACCCAGAAGUGCAUAGCAACAUUGACCUCAGCGAAUACCAGUUUGCCCCCACACAGACUAAGGAGCUGGAAGAGAAGGUGAUAGAGCUGCACAAAACCCACAGGGGCUUAUCUCCAGCACAAGCUGAUUCUCAGUUCAUAGAAAAUGCAAAGAGACUUUCCAUGUAUGGUGUGGACCUACAUCAUGCCAAGGACUCAGAAGGCGUGGACAUCAAGCUGGGUGUGUGUGCUAAUGGCCUCCUCAUUUACAAAGACAGACUGAGAAUCAAUCGUUUUGCUUGGCCAAAAAUCUUGAAGAUUUCCUAUAAGCGCAGUAACUUCUACAUUAAAGUCAGGCCUGCAGAGAUGGAACAGUUCGAGAGCACCAUUGGAUUCAAACUGCCAAACCACCGGGCAGCCAAAAGGCUAUGGAAAGUGUGCGUGGAGCAUCACACCUUCUACAGGCUUGUGUCUCCAGAGCAGCCACCAAAGGCCAAGUUCCUGACCUUGGGGUCCAAAUUCCGCUACAGCGGCCGCACCCAAGCACAGACCCGCCAGGCAAGCACCCUCAUAGAUAGGCCGGCACCACACUUUGAGCGCACAUCUAGUAAACGAGUCUCCAGGAGUCUCGAUGGAGCUCCAAUUGGUGUUGUGGACCAAAGUCUUAUGAAGGAUUUUCCUGUCUCUGCUGGGGAGAUUUCAGCAUAUGGCCCUGGAGUUGUCAGCAUUGCCAUGGUACAAGAUGGGGACGGCAGGAGGGAAGUGAGAAGCCCAACUAAAGCCCCACAUUUGCAACUCAUUGAAGGAAAGAAAAAUUCCUUGAGAGUAGAAGGGGAUAAUAUUUAUGUCAGACAUAGCAAUUUAAUGUUGGAGGACCUGGAUAAGGCCCAGGAGGACAUACUGAAACAUCAGGCUAGCAUUAGUGAACUCAAGCGCAAUUUUAUGGAAUCCACACCUGAGCCGCGCCCUAAUGAAUGGGAAAAACGACGUAUCACACCUCUGUCCCUACAGACACAAGGGAGAAAAGGAGACCAUCUUUUCAAGGAUAUUUUAUCCAUGAAGGAGAAGUACCUGAUGGGAGCAACAUGGACAGUUGAAGAAAAAGCUCAGGAGGCGGACAAGACACGUGCUCCCGAGUCAGAAGGGCCUUGCACUGGAGCCAGGGAUGCUGUUAAGAGUUCACAUGAGACUCUGAAUGUAGUGGAGGAGAAGAAGCGGGCAGAGGUUGGGAAAGACGAAAGAGUAAUCACAGAAGAAAUGAAUGGUAAAGAGAUCUCACCUGGGAGUGGUCCUGGGGAGAUUCGUAAGGUGGAGCCUGUGACACAAAAAGACUCCACCUCCCUGUCUUCUGAGAGCAGCAGCAGCAGUGAGAGUGAGGAGGAAGACGUGGGCGAGUACCGGCCCCACCACCAUGUGACCGAGGGCACCAUCAGGGAGGAGCAGGAGGAGGAUGAAGAAGAGGUGGAGGAAGAGCCCGGCCGAGCAGCCAAGGUAGUAGAGAGGGAGGAAGCAGUGCCCGAAGCCAGCCCAGUCACACAAGCAGGUGCCAGUGUAAUCACAGUAGAAACAGUGAUCCAGGAAAACAUAGGUGCCCAAAAGGUAUCUGGAGAGAAGAGUGUAAAUGAAGGCGGUCUUAAGCAAGACGUGGGAGAAGAAACAGAGGACGAUCAACAUAAAGUUAACGGAGAGGUGUCCCAUGUUGACAUUGAUGUUUUGCCACAAAUUAUUUGUUGUUCAGAGCCACCAGUGGUAAAAACAGAGAUGGUAACAAUUUCUGAUGCCUCACAAAGGACAGAAAUCUCCACCAAGGAAGUCCCCAUUGUCCAAACUGAGACCAAAACCAUCACAUAUGAGUCUCCACAGAUUGAUGGUGGGGCCGGUGAUUCGGGCACAUUACUGACCGCACAAACCAUCACAGCUGAGUCCGUGUCGACAACGACAACCACACACAUCACCAAGACUGUAAAAGGUGGCAUAUCUGAAACAAGAAUUGAGAAACGCAUCGUGAUCACAGGAGAUGCAGAUAUUGAUCAUGACCAGGCGCUGGCUCAGGCGAUCAGAGAGGCCAGAGAGCAGCACCCUGACAUGUCGGUCACGAGGGUGGUCGUGCACAAAGAGACAGAGUUGGCAGAGGAAGGGGAAGACUAAAGUAAGAAAGUCAUUUUUAAAGCAACAUUCAACUUUGUGAACCUGAAGAAUUUUGACCAUUCCGAGUCUUAAUGCCACACCACUACUCCAGCAAAUUUAUGCUACAACUGGUAACGAUGACCAGAAGCCUGAAGAAUUAAAAUGCCAACACCAAACCUUACCUUAACAGCUCUGGUCUAUAUUGUUCCUAUCCAUUUUAAUAUAUUGUUUUGUUUUAUAACCACUUUUAAAUACUCUUAGUUCUUUCUUUUCUUUUUUUUAAUUAAGGGGUUUUGUUUUUGUUUCCUGUUUACUUUGUGUACAACUACCUGCUUUUUGUGGCUCAUUCUGAUCAAAAUGACAGUGAACAAAGCCAGCCCGUGCUGGUGAGGUGCUGUUCACUUGAACAGGUGCUGUUGUGCGGAAAGGAAACUCUGUGACUAAUUUAGGUAGUGACUUUCCUUCUUCCAGAUUCUUUCCAUUGAGUUCUCACAGUAAAUAUUUACAGAGUUUUCCAAGGGCAGUAAAUAUACUGUAUGAGAAAAUAUUAAUACAGAUUAAAAGCAUUUCUUACAUUUUGAAAAUUUUCUAAUGUUUCAGCAUUUCACUGGGGAUGUUUUUUAUAUUGGACCCUUUGACUUUCCAGUCCUGUGACUUUUUACUUGUAGUAGAGAGUCCGAAUCUCCAGACUGGAGAAUUUCGAAGUUUGCUGACCACGCACUGUGCUUAGAGACCUGCCGUGCCGCAGUGCCAGUGCUUCUCACACACACCCUCUUCGGCAGCAUUCCAGAACAGGAGGGAGGAGAAGGAGAAAACCCUUUCCUCCCUUCUACUAAAAGAUUGAGGCAGCUUAAAACCUUAGUGCUUUCUUUCUUAACAUAUCCAAAUUUCAAUACUUUCCAUUAUUUGAACACUUGGUUAGAGCACUUGCUUUGUAUUAAACCUCCUUGUGUAUAAGUAAAACUGACCUUUCGUUAUUGAGCAGGCAGAUCUCUUUCAGAUAGUUUGAUGAUUCACACAGGUUUGAGGACACUGGGAAGAGAGGUAGGGGGCUAGGGCGGUUUUUUGUUGGUUGCAAGAACGUUAAACCAUUUAAAGCUGACACCAGAGACCUGAUAGGGACUUAUUAACUGUAUUGAACGUUUUUCCCCCUUGCUUUUGAUCUUAUGUAUAGUUAUGAUGCCAGAUUAGAUUUACAGCAGCUUCAAGUUGUAUUAAAUGAUAUUUUGCUUUCUGUAAUACUGUUAUAAAAUAAAGUUUGUUUAUUCUCUAAA